CGCGUGCCGAGUGACGCAGGCGCAGUGCGACUCCGAGGCGCGGGCCGCCCCCUCCGCGGGUUUGGAUCCGGGUCAGUCAGGCUCCGCGAUCCGGGACGGACAACCCGAACCGGCCGGACUGGGUAACCGGAGUGCGAAAAGUAUUAGUGGGAACAACAUAGUGUAAAAAGUUUCACAAUGAAAUCCGAAGCCAAGGAUGGAGAGGAGGAGAGUCUUCAAACUGCUUUCAAGAAAUUAAGAGUGGAUGCAUCAGGGUUCAUCGCAUCUCUGUCUGUUGGAGAAGGCCCAAGUGUCAGAGCAUCAGUCAGAACAGCAGCAGAUGAUACGAAACCUAAAACCACAUGUGCAUCUAAGGACAGUUGGCAUGGCUCUACACGGAAAUCUUCACGAGGAGCAAUGCGAACCCAACGUCGUCGACGGUCUAAGUCUCCUGUCCUUCAUCCCCCAAAGUUUAUACAUUGCAGUACAAUAGCAUCUUCUUCCAGCAGCCAGCUCAAGCACAAAGGCCAGAUGGACUCUCCUGAUGGAAGCAGUGGGCUGGCAAUUCCAACCCCUAAAGACUUCAAUGCAGGAGAAUGCUCUACUUCUCUUGAUACUAAUCACACAGGGGCAGUUGUUGAGCCUUUGAGAACUUCGGUUCCAAGGCUGCCAUCAGAGAAUACGAAGGAAGACUCUUCUGAUGCUACCCAAGUCUCACAAGCAAGUCUCAAGGCCAAUGAUCUCGCUGACUUUCAAUCCGUUUCCAAGCUUAACCAUGGCCAGCCAUGUGCAUGCCUAGGCAAGGAGUGCCAGUGUAAGAGGUGGCAUGAUAUGGAGGUGUAUUCCUUUUCAGGCUUGCAGAAUGUCCCUCCCUUGGCCCCAGAACGAAGAUCUACGCUUGAGGACUACUCUCAGUCGCUUCACACUAGAACUCUGUCUGGCUCCCCACGCUCCUGCUCUGAACAAGCUCGAGUCUAUGUGGAUGAUGUGACCAUUGAGGACCUGUCAGGCUACAUGGAAUAUUACUUGUAUAUUCCCAAGAAAAUGUCCCACAUGGCAGAAAUGAUGUACACCUGAUAGCAAGAGCCGACUAGUAUGCUUUAAACCAAUGAAGGGCUGUCAGAGAGAUGUAGUUCAUGGCAGACCUGGCAGCCACUUUGUGUGAGAAGACACCUCCUGCUCACUGUGCUUGCAAUAAAAACUUUACUUGGCA